CACGUCAGACAGUGCCACAUCAGCAGUGCCACGUCAAACACAGUGCUACGUCAGCAGUGCCCCGCCACCAUGACGGGCGCAGCUCUGGGCAUGCCAGGCCAACUGGCCAACGAGUCCAUUGCCGACUACGAAAAGCGUUUCCAGGCUCAGCUCGUUGCAAUCAAGGCUGAGGAACAACGCCAGCUGGCAGCCAAGGCUGCCCAGCUACAGGCUGAAGAAGCGGCAACAGCAGAGAAGCUGCGGCUACAGGCCGAAGCAGACGCAGAUACCCAGGCUCGCCGAAAGGAAGCCCAUGAUCUGCUGCUGUGGCACGAAGCCAACAGCAUCGACAGACUCAAGUACUGGCACUUUGAACCGAACGGCGACGAGCCAACACCGGAAGAGCAGCAUAAGGAGUUCUUCGCCAAGCUUGUGGCCAGGCUGGUUUACACAUGUAACCACCUGCAGUCCGAGCUGGCAAACCUUCAGCGGGCUGUGCGGAACCAUAAGACUCAGCAUGAGGAUGCCACACGGGCACUGGACGCCCGUGUACUGGACCUGGAACAGGCUGUACCAGGAGCAGUUGCUGGGGCUUCCAGCAGUGCAUCCUCUAGCCGCCAACUGGAGGAACGCGUUGACCAUGCAGUGGCAAUGCUAGGAGACAUAAGUGCCUUCACAAAGCCGGCCACCAUCAGCCAGCGGUUCGAGUUGCUGGACACCAAGAUCAAUCUGGUCGUCUGGUGGCAAGGAUUUACAACGGAGUUGGGGAUCCACGAGGUCCCUGACCAUCUGUUCAUCAGUGCUCUGUUCAUCAACACCAAGGGAGGAUGUCAGAUCUGGCUCAGCCACAUGGCAACCAUCCACGGCGUCCAGGUUUCAGACCUGCAGAAGGUCACCUGGGAGGAUAUGACAAAGGAAUGGAAGAAGCGGUUCAUAGUGCAGGACACGGUCAGCCGCAUCUUCGCGAUGGCUCAAGGGAGCACACCGACACGUGACUGGCUCACGGAUUGGCAGAAGAUCGUGGCCACGCCCGAUCUGGACUUGUCAUUUCCGCAGCUACGCCGUGAUUUCUACAACAGGUCAUGCGUUGCUCUCAGCCUCGCACUGGGUGAUCGCGAGCAGUACAACACUUUCGCAGAGAUCAUCAACAAGGCGAGAGAGAUCAUCAAGACCAACAGGGCGGCUGCACACGAGAAGUCAACGUGGCAGCCAACCUAUGUGGAGAAGAAACGAACUGGUCCGCGACAGGAGCAGUUCGCUGUAGUCCAAUCGGACAGUGGAGAAGACCCAACAGCCACUCCAGCAUCACGUGAGGGAGAUCAGGUGGCUGCUGUCCAGCCGCGAAGCAACAAGCCCCGAGUGAACGGGAAGGCGAAACCAGCAUCGCAGGCCGGAAACGGACAGCCAACACCACCAUGGGUCAAGUUCGGCUUGACCGAGGCCGAGUACAAGUACCGCAACCGUUACGGCUGCUGUUAUUGGUGCAACAGCACCAAGCACAAGACCUCCAUUUGCCAAGAUCAGGCCAAAGAGGAUGUGCGGCCUCAUUCGGCCGCCUUGCUAGCGGCCUCCUACACAUUUGGGGAGGAUGCGCAUGUCGCAAGUCCUCGGUACACUUACGAGGAUUAUGCUGUCCACUUGGUCCCACCGCUGGACCAACCGCUCCACGUGCAACAAUCUACCGCAUGCACGGUUUCAUCACCAUCGACAAUCGAUUCGGCAGCUUCGCCGCUAUCUAUCGUCAGGGAUUCAUCGUCGUGGUCAAGACUUGCGGUGCUCGACCCACUGACGUUCACGGACUUCCAAUGGAUGCCCGUUCCCCAGACCGGACGAUUGUCGAAACCGCAUUGCAAUGUGCUCAUGGCACAACUGCGAGAUUACUUGCACACUGCAGUACCAGCUCCGUUGAUGGACGCCGGAGUAGAGGUUGUCGACCUUCACGCUUGCAUUACGAAGAUCGGCCGCGAGUUCAAGACGCAACGGUACGACGACAUCGACGCACCAUUGCUAUAUGUACGCAUUCAGAUCGAAGAGGCGACCUGCAACGCCUUGAUCGAUUGCGGAGCAUCUCGCAACUACAUCAUCCAGGACUUCAUGGUGCGCGCCGACCUUGGCCCACGUGUUCGGAGGAAGUCCCAGCCUACGCAAGUCACUUCGGCAGACGGUCAUACGCACAAGUCCAUCGACCAAUGCAUUGACGCCGUCCCCGUGUACUUUGCCCCUCACGCAAGUGAGGCGGUGUCCUUUGAUAUUCUGGACACCAAAUUUGACAUGAUCUUGGGCAUGUCAUGGCUGCGAAGCGAGGAUCACCCGGUGAACUUCUUCCACCGCACCGUUCACAUUCGCCUGCACGGAGUAGUACCGGAUUGGCCCAUCCGCCACGAGAUUAUCCUAGAGGACGGGGCCGUACCUCCGCGCGGCUGCAUCUACCGAAUGAGUGAGGAAGAGUUAAGUGUGCUCCGUGCACAACUCGACGAUCUUCUAGAGAAAGGCUGGAUUCGGCCUAGCUCAUCGCCAUACGGUGCUCCUGUCCUCUUCGUCCGGAAGAAGAAUAAGGACCUGCGGUUGUGCAUCGAUUAUCGCAAGCUCAACGCGCAGACGAUCGGGAACACCGGCCCUCUCCCACGCAUCGACGACCUUCUCGAGCGAUUGGGCGGCCCCCAGUUCUUCUCUAAGCUGGAUCUCAAGUCAGGGUACCACCAACUCGAGAUUCGCAAGGAGGAUCGCUACAAGACCGCGUUUAAGACACGGUAUGGGCAUUUCGAAUGGCUGGUCAUGCCGUUUGGCCUUACGAAUGCCCCAGCUACUUUCCAAGCGGCUAUGACAACGGAGUUCCGACACAUGCUGGAUCGGUCUGUACUCAUCUACCUCGACGACAUCUUGGUGUAUAGUCGGAGUUUGGACGAGCAUGUGGAACACCUGCGCACCGUUUUGGAGCGGCUACGACAAGCCAAGUACAAAGCAAACCGCGACAAAUGCGAGUUAGCACAACAGGAGCUGGAAUACUUGGGACACUAUGUGACGCCGCAAGGCAUCCGUCCGCUUGCGGACAAGAUCGAGGCCCUACGAGUAUGUCCCGAGCCCACCAACACCACGGACGUUCGUUCAUUCAUGGGAUUGGCGGGCCACUAUCAACGAUUCAUCAAGGGAUACUCUAGGAUUGCUGCACCUAUGACGAGGUUACAGUCGCCAAAGGUGCCAUUCAUAUUCGAUGACGCCGCACGCCGGUCAUUCCAAGCACUUAAGAUGGCUAUGCGCAUGGCACCCGUCCUUAGCAUCUAUGACCCCACCCUGCCAACACGAGUGACUACGGACGCUUCCGGCUAUGGCAUUGGGGCAGUCUUGGAACAGCACGACGGCGAUGACUGGCACCCUGUGGAGUAUUUCAGCCACAAAGUGCCUCCCAUCAACUGGCAUGAUGAUGCAAGGAAGAAGGAGCUGCUCGCAUUCGUCAUGGCUCUCAAGCGAUGGCGGCACUUCCUCCUUGGGCGUCGUAGGUUCACAUGGGUCACGAACAACAAUCCAUUGACUUACUACAAGACGCAGGAUACGGUGAGCAGCACGAUCGGACGAUGGAUGUACUUCAUCGACCAAUUUGACUUCACACCGAAACAUCUGCCCGGCCUCUCAAAUCGCACAGCAGAUGCACUCUCGCGAAGACCYGAUCUUUGCGCUAUGACACAUCAUGCCUUCGCAUUUGACGAGGAGCUUCAACGAUACUUCAUCCGGGCAUAUCAGUCUGGUCCGGACUUCGGCACGCUCUAUGCACAGCUAUCUUCGGAUCACCCGCCGGCCAGCCAUUACCGCAUUGCCGACGGGUACUUGCUCCUCCACUCGAGAGGCAAGGACUUACUAUGUGUCCCACGCGACUGUCGUCUUCGGACUCGCCUCCUCGGCGAGUACCAUGAUUCACGACUCGCCGGCCAUUUCGGAGUCAACCGCACUAUUGCACGGCUUCGACAGCGAUUCCGAUGGCCCGACCUCAUUACCGAUGUCACUCGGUAUUGCGACUCUUGCGAAGUUUGCUGACGCAGCAAGCCCUGCAACCUCAAUCCCUACGCGACCGCGACACUCGUUUCAUGUCGGCAUUUUGGACUGCUCUCAUGCAGGAGUCCGGCACAACAAUGAAACCAAGUUUGGCUC